AACAAAUACAUUUAUAUUUAUUCAUUUCAUUGUUCUAGUUCAUUGUUAUAAUCUAUUUUUUAUCUUUUUAUUUUUAUUAUCUAUAAAUCAGAAAUUCAGCAUGUAUCAUUUUUCAUUUACUGAAUAUAAGAACAGAACACCUUCCCACUUCGAAUUGUAAUCCGAUUUCAAUCGACUUGCAAACGAACUUGCGAGAAACGCGUUGUUCAUUUGUCGACAAUAAUAUAUCAAAGCAGCUGUUUUCAUUAUUUGGUAAUUACCAAUUGAUUGUAUUAAUAUCGAAGAAAGCUGUCACUUUAUAGAAAGACGUUUAUGUCGAAAUGGAGAUAAAAAGCUCUUCUAAUACAAUUACGGAAAAUAGGAAUGCCAUGAUAAAUAUUACUUCCACAUUUGAAAAUUUUCCAUGGACUGCUUUACAGCAAAGUUCAAAAGGCACGAAUAUUAUUAAAGCAAUAAAUCAAUUGCUAAGUAUGUACCAUCCUAAUGAUGGUAUAAUUGCAUAUGAACGUGUAUUAAGAGCUUUACUUAUAUUAUCUGAAAAUUUGGAUAGCAACUUACAACAACAGAUAAUUUCUAUGGUACCGUUACCAAAAGGUGUCUCAAAUGAUAAAAUAAGAAAUCUGAUAUUUAAAAUUACUGAAUUAAUUAAAGCACCCAAUAACAAGUCAUUGUGUCAAAAAAUUACCAUGACACCUGAAGAAUCUAAUACAGAAAUAUUAAAUGAAGACUCAGAAAUUCAUCUAAACCAAAAUAUUUUACUUGACACAUCUCAAAAUCUUGAAUUGCAUGAAAAAUUUGCAUCUUCAGUACCUGAAGUGUUCAAAGGUUUUCCUCCUAAUGAAAUUUCAACAAUUCAUAAUCAUGUGAAUUAUAUGUAUGAUACAUUGAACUACAAUAUUCCAUAUAUAAAACCUCACGUUAAUAGCAAACAAAGUUUUUCAUUAAAUACUAAUGAAGAAGAAGAAUCAUUAAAACUUCAGUCAACAUUGAAAUGGUUCCAUACUCCUCAUCUUUUGUAUAAAACUAAUCUUUAUCGAAAUUCUGCAUCUGGUUACCAACAAAGAUUUUUUAAAUCAAUGGAUGAUAAGUACUUCCAGUUGUCCAUUGAUAGAUUCAAUAACUGGAAUCAGUGCAAUAUAGCUAACAUGCCUUAUGCACUCCAUCAGGAUACUACAUGUUUAAAAGAAUUAUAUAAAAAUGGCAUAAUUUCAAAUAAACAGAAUAAGAAUGAGAUCUUCAAUUUGAAAAUAACAUAUGAUGAUAGAUUUGUAGAAUCAGGAACAAAUUGUGAGAUUUUACAUAAUAGUGAUGUAAAUAAAAACUUCAAAAAGUAUAGUAAUUUGAACAAAAAUAAAAUUUUUGACAUGGAAGUUCAAGAACAUUUUAAACAAGAAUUAAAGAAUGAACAAGCAAUUCAACAAGAUAUAUAUAAAAUGGAUGUUGUAUAUUGUGAAGAAGAAAGAAAAGAUACAAUAAUAAACAUACAGAUGACACUACAAACAUUAGAAGAAGAGAAUUUAAUGGUGCAUAAGAAACUUAAAACAAGCUUGCAGAACUUUUUAAAACGUGUAGAACAGGAGACUUUAAUCAUGGCAGUGGCAAAUUCCUUGGGAAUAUCAUCUGUAGAAAAUUUCACAAAAUAUGAUCCAUAUUAUUCCAAUCAUUCCUAUCAGGAGCAGCAAUUAUUACAACGUGGACCAUUAAGUGUUAAUCCACAAUUUGCAGUACAUACUAUGACACAAUCAAAAUUAUCAAAUAUACAUAACACUCCAUAUGCUUGGAUGAAAUACAACAGUUGGAAACAUCCAACCAUGAAACAAUUAAGACUUCCACAGCAGUUCCCAUUUCAAGUUUCAAGGAAUAAAAAAUGCUAUAUUUUCUUAUUUUUUCAUUCUGUGUUGGAAAGGAAUUCUGUACUACAUUAUGUAAAGACAAUGGAUAUUCAAUGUUUUGCGCAAGAUAAAAGUAAACGAAUGAAACAAAGUGUACAACGUAAAAAGUUAGAAGACAUAGUUGGGAAAUUGAAAGAGAUAGAAAACAGCAAUAUGAAUAAUUAAAAAAUUAUUACUGACCUCUAUAAGGUUCUUAGUUCUUGAAAAUAUGUUAAUCUAUAAACUCUUUGCAUACAUAUCGAGACAAAUAAUUAUAGAAAAUAGUCAGAGCAUAGCAGCAUAUAUGCAGAUAUUCCAUAAAGUUAUAUGUACUAAAGGAAAGUUCCUUAAAGAAUACAAAUAAUAUAAUAAAAUAUUGAUGGAGACUGUUGAUUUAAGAGAAUACAUAUCAAAUAAAGUUUUUCAUUCUUUCAUUUAUCUCGCACCAGUCUCAACAAUUAAUGGAACAUUGAUACGUUUACAUGUGCACACGUAUAUAUAUAUAUAUAUAUAUGUAUAUAUAUAUACAUGCAUAUACAUACACAUAUUCUAUAAUUUUUUUGGCACUGGCAAAAGAUAAUAAUUGAGUAUUAGAUUAUUAAUCGCGAAUAUUUUUAAUAAUUUCGUUUGUAUUUCGGACGAUUGCGUAAUAGUUUUCUUUGUUUAAUUAUUGUUGCAUGUUUGUGAUGUUGACGUCAAUCGAGCCUUAAUACUUACAACAUAGUAACUAAUAAAUGUACACAUAUUCUUUAGUAUUAACAUAGAACAAAAUUGCUGCUAAUUACUAACAUUUCGUAGUAUAUUUUAUAAUUAACAUAUAAUAUACGCACUUAUGACUUUUGUAUAGUCUACAGUAUAGACUCUAUACUACACAACAGUCAUUCAUUUCAUUAUUUCUAAAUGUACAAAAUAACUUUUAAAAGAAUAAACGGUAAUAAUAACUUAGGUGUUAUAUCGUUCAUUCGAUCAUUAAUCGUUAUUGUCCAGAACAAUCGCAAUGAAGUAUGACAAAUUACCAACAGGUCAAUAUAUAAUGUAACUCUUGGUAAUUUACUCAAUCACAUAUGUCAACUCACAAUAAUAUUUUCUUGUUUCAGAAAACAUUUUACCUUCACAAUGAGUCUAUAAUAGAAACAUUAUUAUAUACCCAUAUUUAUCAUUAACAGUAUUGACAGCAUCAUCCUAAUAGAAAUGGAUUUUCAUACAAAUGAUGCUUUCAAUACUUAAUAUUAAUAUCUAUUUAUGAAUCGAAAUACAUCCAAAGGAUCUACAGCAAUUGAUUUUUUUGGUUGUAAGGACCCUUACAUUUUAUUUUUGGUAAUAUCCAAUGAAUCAAAGUUAGGCCAAAGAUCUCUUGUGUCAUGUAGUUCAUGUAUCUCUUUUGGAUUGUCAUUAUUUAGUAUUAUAGUUGUUCAAAACAAAAUAAUGUGUAUAAGCAAAUCUUAUUAAACUGUUCCAUUC